CGAUGAAGCGCUCGUGUCUCUGAAAAUGAGAAAUGUGUCAAAGUCACAGGCUAGGCGCUAAUAUAUAUCAUUUCGCCGUUCUAAUCGCAACUAUCCUGCAAGUCGUCCACCCCGAAGAGCUACAGCCGCCAUUUCAGGCACAGUCGCAGUCACAGCCAAUGCAAAGUUCUCCAUUUGCAGUACAACAGCUGCACCGAUUGCCGCCCGCUUAUCUUAAAGGACUACUCACCCUCAAGGGCAGGCUGCUGGCCAACAACGUCCAGUUGAGGCCCGCCCACAAUCCCAACAGCCUCAAUAACCCCAACAACCUGAACAGCCUUCAGUGGCGUUCACAGCAGUCGAACGUGGAACAGAACAACCUGCAACUGAAGCCCCCUCUUGGCCCGAACAGCCCACAGUUGAGCUCGCAGCUGUCGAACGUGCAACAUAGUUUUCGUGAGGCGAUCUCUGAUCUUAAUUUGGGGCUCGACAUGCAGCGGGAGGAGGCGGCCAAGGAGCGUGCCGAGGCCAAGGAUCGGCUGCACGAGCAGCUGAACCAGCUUGAAGCGGAUCUGCAAAAACAAGAUAAUCAGCUGCACCAGCGGGAAUUGCUUUUGGCUGCCCAUGUGUCCUCGGAGCUGCCUCAGCAGCUGGAGCAAAUGCAUGAGCAAUUGCCAUACGAGCAGCUCGAGGUGCAGUCGCCGAGCAGCCAGUCGCAGAUCCAGCCACAGCCCAUGGGCCUGCAGCCGACAGUGCAGUCGCCAGCGCAGCAAGAGCUGUCCGUACGGGAUUCGCCUCAAACGGAUGGCGGAUCGAAUAACGAUGCCAAGAUGCAGCUGUUGCAGCAGUUAGCUGAUGUUUUUGGGCAGGAACAGCAGCAACAAGAGCAGCAGCAACAAGAGCAGCUAAAGCAACAGCAGCAUCAACAGCAGCAGCAUCAGCAGCAGCUGCCCCAACAGCAACAACAACGAGUGCGCUUGAACGCCACGCCGACUGAUCCAGAAGAGGACGACGACGACAACGACAACGAUGACAACGACGAGGAAAACACAACGGUUGCGGAUGAGGAGGAAGAAUGUGAUAGCACGUUGCCGGCCACCACGGCGAGCACAAGAAAGCCCACAACAAAGCCGCCCGAGCAUGAGGAGCCCGUGACAAUGCGUGUGGGAGCUGAUACAACCAAGUCCGAACUGAAGCUUACGCUCGUGCCCAGGCCCGAGCCCACAGCACAGCCAACAACAAGCACAGCUGCAACACAGCCAACGAUCGCGGCCAUGACGCAGCCUAGUUCCACAAUAGCCACUGGGGGGACCACCAGCAAGAAGCUUCACUGCUGCACCAAGCCUCAAUCCAAAAUGUUCAAAGCGUUAAAGCUGCUGAGCCUCAAGAAGGAGCAGCGGCAGCCACAGCAGCGGGUCCAUCGACGCGCCAAGAGCGGCAUCAAGCCCGAUCUGCGAAUCGAAGCAAUUGCCACAUUGCUGCAGUAUCGCAAUAGCCAUAGCGAAGUAGCUCAUACCGAGCACAAGGAGCCGGUUCGGGUGAAGGAACCUCAAGUGCAACAGACACGCCCAGGGAAGAAAAAAAGAAAGCAAAUGAAAAGGCGUAAGAUGAUGUCACGCCAACAACGCAGCAUCGUCAGUAGAAAGCAGCUGCUGCAGGCUGAGAUAUGGCCCAUUAAGAUAUCCACUUGAGACUUUACAAUGGACAUUUGUAUUUACAAUAAAUAUAUUUUAUAUUAUACAAUUUAUGCAACAAAAGCAGAUUAGAAUUUCAGUAAAAGUCAUGUUUAUUGUAAAGUUCGCGGCCACAAAGUAACCAGGAAGAUAAAUUGUGCCGGCUUUUCAAGCCUGAAU